AUGGCACUAUCUCGUCUCCCGCGUCCCCUCCCACGCAGCACCACCUCUUCCUUCCCCCUACUUCGUUUCCGUAAUCCCCCAGCCAGCAGGUCCUACACAACAACCCAGUUUCUUCGCACCCAAGGUCCCGCAAAAGGCGAACUGCAACCACCAAUACCUAAACCUCGCGGCUCGACCUCACCGCUCCGCAUCUGGCCCUUCGUCGCCAUCUUCGCGACCGGCACCUUCCUCUUCACGCGCAUCGUCAAGCAGCGCCAGGGCCAGGGGUCCCCGCAGCAGACACAGACAGCCGUCGGGCCCGUCUCGCGCAAGAAAUAA